AUGUUCCCGCCGCACAGACCGGCUUUGGCGAGUACCAGUAAUCCGGCACAGAUUCCGAGCACUAGUGCUCCUGCUAGCAGCACAGCCAGUGUUGCCGGUAUUCCGCUGAGGACUCCGGAGUUGUCGCCGCGAAUUCGCAAGGAUGCUACCACGGUACGUUACGGUUGCCAUCUGUUUGACAAUAUCAGUUUUCAUGCUCGGUCUGUUAUUUGCUGUGAUUUUCAACUCAGACGACGAAAUGCGUUUGUAGCGUUCUGGCGCAAGCUGCGAACAGCGAAAAACCCAGAUCCCAGGAAUGCAGAAUGGUGGCUUGCUGAUAAUCUGGAAUAG